AAAUAAGACUGAGUCGCCGCCCUCAGGGCUCCGGAAAUACCGGAAAUACUUCCUUUUUGCCCCUGUAAAGAUGUGAGUCGACCACCAGGGGGCAGAGCAAACGACAGAUUUUUUCCGAAUGUAAAUCUACUUACUGAUCAGUCUGAAUUAACCUUAUCACUUCAGGAGAAGUGUCGUCUAUAGUUGUCUGUACUCGAGGCACAGAAUUCACGGGUCACGCCAAGCAAAAACAACUUGAGCUGAGUAGACCACGUCGUGGUUCCCGGGUUUCCCGUUGCUCCUACACUGGCAGGAUGGGUCAGGGCAGAGGCAGAUCAGAGGCUGAGGAACCCUAUGAGCCAUGAGCAGGGUGGCGGGACCCUGCCUCAGCGUGCACAGCAGAGCCUAUCUCGGCCUCGCAGACGUGAAGCAGGCCUGCCGGGAGGGGCAGACGUGCAAAGCAGGAUCCUGGCACGAGAUGACUUCACAGUGGCCGAGGAGCUGCUGCACAUGCGUGUGAUUCACAGCCUGAUGAUAGCCAUGGGCAACACCGACCACAGCAACAGCCAGAGACUGGCCAGCCUCACACUAGAGGUGCUCGGGCUGGGGUGGGCGUGGGCAGACUGCAGGGCAUGGGCAGUCGAGUCAGCAGAUACCCACACCGUCUUGCUGCCCCGUUCACUUCUGCUGCAGUUCUUUGUGCAAAUGUUCCCAUUGGUGGAGGAACAUGUCCACAAGUCCAUGGAGGAGGAACUCUACCAGCUCUUCCUUGUAAGUAUGUCCGUUCCCACCAGCCUCAGCAAUGGGUGUUUAUUGGGGAACACUUACACAGAAAAGUACAAAGAACCGUGGGAGCAUUUCUCUGCCCUUCCUACUGGAUGGGCUGACCCACCAGAAAGGAGCCCCCAAAACAGGAGCCAAGCCUCAAGCUUCCCUCUUUCUGCUUCCUUCUGCCUGAGGCCACACCCAAAAGGGUGUGGUCACCGUUACAGGUUCACAGACAAGACCCCUAGAGAUAAUGGUUGAGAGCUCUGAAAUGACACAGACCUUCAAGUUCAAUUGCCUGUAUGUGGAAAGACACCAGCCUCACCAGAAACUUAAAUAAACAAGGGACAAAUGAAA